AGUACCCACCUGUGCUGAGGUCCUGCAGCUGUGGCCCUGUGAGGAGCUGUGCAAUCAGUUUUAACUGAAAAUGUCUGACAGUCUGGAUAAUGAAGAGAAACCCCCAGCUCCCCCACUGAGGAUGAAUAGUAACAACCGGGAUUCUUCAGCACUCAAUCACAGCUCCAAACCACUCCCCAUGGCCCCUGAAGAGAAGAAUAAGAAAGCCAGGCUUCGCUCUAUCUUCCCAGGAGGAGGGGAUAAAACCAAUAAGAAGAAAGAGAAAGAACGCCCAGAGAUCUCUCUUCCUUCAGACUUUGAGCAUACGAUUCAUGUGGGGUUUGAUGCAGUCACCGGGGAAUUCACUGGGAUUCCUGAACAAUGGGCACGUUUACUGCAAACCUCCAACAUAACAAAACUGGAACAGAAGAAGAAUCCACAGGCUGUUCUGGAUGUUCUAAAAUUCUAUGAUUCUAAAGAAACUGUCAACAACCAAAAAUACAUGAGCUUUACAUCAGGAGAUAAAAGUGCACAUGGAUACAUAGCUGCUCAUCCUUCGAGUACAAAAACGGCGUCAGAACCUCCUUUGGCUCCACCUGUGUCUGAAGAAGAAGAUGAAGAAGAGGAGGAAGAAGAAGAUGAUAAUGAGCCCCCACCAGUUAUUGCACCAAGGCCAGAACAUACAAAAUCAGUUGCCAUAAAGCAGAUGAACCUUCAACAGCAGCCUAAAAAAGAGUUAAUUAUUAAUGAAAUUCUGGUCAUGAGGGAAAAUAAGAAUCCCAACAUUGUGAAUUAUUUAGAUAGUUAUUUGGUGGGUGAUGAAUUGUGGGUGGUCAUGGAAUACUUGGCUGGUGGCUCUCUGACUGACGUGGUCACAGAGACCUGUAUGGAUGAAGGACAGAUAGCAGCUGUCUGCAGAGAGUGUCUUCAAGCUUUGGAUUUCUUGCAUUCAAAUCAAGUCAUCCAUAGGGACAUAAAGAGUGACAAUAUUCUCCUUGGGAUGGAUGGCUCUGUUAAAUUGACUGAUUUUGGAUUCUGUGCCCAGAUCACCCCUGAGCAGAGUAAACGAAGCACUAUGGUCGGAACUCCCUAUUGGAUGGCACCUGAGGUGGUGACUCGAAAAGCCUAUGGGCCAAAGGUUGAUAUCUGGUCUCUAGGAAUUAUGGCAAUUGAAAUGGUGGAAGGUGAACCUCCUUAUCUUAAUGAAAAUCCACUCAGGGCUUUAUAUUUGAUAGCUACUAAUGGAACUCCAGAGCUCCAGAAUCCUGAGAGACUGUCGGCUGUAUUUCGUGAUUUUUUAAAUCGUUGUCUUGAGAUGGAUGUGGAUAGACGAGGAUCUGCUAAAGAGCUUUUGCAGCAUCCAUUUUUAAAAUUAGCCAAGCCUCUCUCCAGCUUGACUCCUCUGAUUAUCGCUGCAAAGGAAGCGAUUAAGAACAGCAGCCGCUAAGCCUGAAAGCCUUACCCCACACCAUCUCCCUCAUGAGUAAGACUGAAAUAAAUCUCUGCUACAGGAAAGAUGGAAGAAGACAGUAAAAUGUGGUGGGGGUUUCUUAUCUCUCAAAUGAAUAGAAACUUCUUAUAAGCCUUUUUUCCUACUCCUUCAGAUUAUGUAAUUUAUUUGUAAGCCUGAAUCGCAGCCCAAACAGGGCAGCAAUGUCGAAGUGGCUAUAAAGUGGUCACUUCCACAGUGAAGCGAACGAGCCAGUAGUGAAUCCCCUCAUUUUGUGCAUACACUUUGAAGAAAAACAUUUCUCAAGGGUGCACACUUCCUCUUCAUAGUGUUGUGUUUGUUUUUUAAGUUAGAGAGUAGUCCCUUACAUUCGAACCUCUUUCAAAACUCCUUACCCCAAUGUGAUGUUUUUCACUUGCAUUGUCAUUAGAUCUUCAGAAAAAAAAUUCAAAUCUUUUUUUAUAAAAAAUGAAAACAAAACAAAAAAAGCAAAAUUAGCAAAUAAGUACAAAAAAAAAAAAAGAAGCAAGUACUGUGUGAACAUGUGGAAGUCCAUGCCCUAGUAGAGUUGCAAUUUUUUAUUCUUCUUCUAUAGUGGUGGUUUGGUUUAUGUACCUGUUUUUCUGCAUUUGCAUUGGAAAAGGUUUCUUUUAAAACAUUUUCCAAAAGCAGAGAGGAAUACGUAUAUUCAGGAAGGGCUUUUAAAAAUGUACAUCUUGAUAACACUCAAAUGGUGAAAUCCCCUUAUAUUUUCAUGAUGACUCUAAAGAGGUAGUUUAGACAUACUUUAUCAUUUAUAUAAACCAACUUGUUCAUUUUCAUGAUAUCUGACAAAGGACACAUUAAAACUGUGGUACUCCUGUUGGGAGAUUCCAGUCUUAAAUCCUGAAUGGAGCAAUCAUAUUUUAACAAGAUAGUACUUUGUCUGAGAGCCAAAAGGAAAACAAGAUAAGUGUGCAAUACUGAAAUCCUUGUUGGAAUGUGAGUAAACAAAUAUAAAGAUUCUUACUUUAAUCCUCAGUUAUGCUUGUGGAGUAUACAUGUACAAGGAGGAAAUUGACCCACUGAAAUUUCUUUCUUAUUAAAACUAUUUACUUCAAAAAUUUAUAACAUUUUAAAAAUUAACAUAAAUCUGGAGUUCUGAGGUAUUGUAACUAUUAAACUUUGUAAAAAAUGGGAGGCAAAUGAAAACUACAUCCUAGCUCACAUUUGUCUAUAAAAUGCAUAUUCCCAUUUUCCCUACUUAUCACCAAAUUCUAUUUCAGGAUAUGGUGUGUUGACUUUCUUGGGAUUCUGGGAACUUCAAGAAUAUGUUAAUAAAUAUAUUGAAAUACUUAAGUAAAAAAUAAUUUGGGUUUGAAAUCAUGUAUUCCAAGAAGUAUCAUUCUAACUGAAUUCCUUUUGUGGCUUGGGGGAAAUGAGAAAAAUUGACCAUUAUUUCACCAUGUAACCAUUUACUAAAAACCCAACUGUAUGUACUUCCUGAAUCAUCUGAGAAUAGAAAAAUGUCUGGAGGAUGUUUGUGUAGAAAGUACUAUGCUUCUCUUUUGAGUGUAUUGUCAAUUUUAGAAAUUCUGCAACGUUGUUUCUCUAAUUAUUUUAAAAGCUAACGGUGUGUGCUGUAAAAGGCUUCUUGAUUUGUACUAUAUCAAAAAGCCUGUGUAGGACCUAUCUAUAUUCAGCAAGGAGGAAAAGAGAUCAGUGUCAUGGGGCCUCUCUCCUCUCCCUAGGUUCCUUCAGCCAUCUAACCAUACACAUCUAUUCCUUAAAAUGAAAGCACUUUCUGCUAGUCAUAUCGUGUGUGUGUUUAUAUUUAGAUCACACCGCUGAUAGAUUUUUUAUUGUUUUCUUUGACUAUAAAAUUUGGGAGGGGCUUGACCCUGCCAAAAAAAUAAAUAAAAAUAGCCCAUAGUGGAUAAAACAACAAAUGUGAAAGAAAAAAUAUCAAUGGUAAUAUUAAUUUAAAUCAUACUGUGUUGCAUUUUGCAUUAAAAUAUGACUGGGUCUGUGAUUUUUAAUGCCACACUGUUCUAAUAGGAGGGAGGAGUCUUAAUUUUUAUCUAUUUUUUUUCCAACUGAUGGUGCCACGGAACUCAGUGAAAUACCUGGAAUGUAAAUUGGAAUUUGGCACAUUGAUAAUUAUGCCUUGCCAAUGGAUAGAUCCCCCAUAAACAUGAUUGGGAAGCCUGGUCAUCCUUUAUAUGCCUCUUUUGUAAUGGGAAGACCUGGAAUAAUGACCCUUCGGAUCAUUGUAGGCAGAAAAAUAACUGCCUUUUUAUGCUUUCACUUCAGCAUACACGAAGAGCCAGGUACUUCACCAUAUCACUUUACACCCAGAUUUUCUAAUAUAUUCAAGUAGACAUUGCUCUUACAACCUUAUAUCUAUAGAAAAUUUUAAAUGAGAAUGGUUUCUAAAGACCCUGCCUCAUUCUGGAGAGUUAUGUAUAUUUCUAAUAAGUAUUAGAGAGAAGCUGUUUCUCCUGCCAAACUGAUGCUGAAGGGUUCAAAUUUGAUACACUUGAACAAUUUGGACUCCAGAUGGUUCAUAGUUUAUUCCCUUUCCUUGGAUUUUAUUUUAGCUUAUCUUGAUACAGAUGAGAAUAAUCAGAUCUUUAAUGUUGCUAGUGUGCCCUAAGAUAGUGAGGGUACAUUGUCAUCAAAUGUUGAUUCCAGUAUGUCCUGAAAGAAGAAUAGGGCAGUGGGAAAGUCAGGGAAGGGUGAGAAGCACAGUAGAGAUUAUUUAUUUAAGAAAGUAAAGAACAUUAAUGUUGUAUCAAGGAUCCAGUGCGUUGUCAUAAUCCCAUAAGGAUUUUUGGAUGACACAAUCCCCUCAAAUCAGUCACCAUGUUGGAUAAUGACUUCGUUCUUGAUGAUCUCAUCUAUGUCAUUGUAAAUAUUUGUGUGUCCACAGUCCAUUAUUUGGCUACUGGAUGGCCAAUUCAUAUAAGAAGAUUUAAAUCAAGUAUUUAUUCUUUGUGUUAUUCAGAUUUCUUUCAGGCUUGUGAAUUUCACCUCAAUAUUUGAGUUUAACCACCUGAUACCCACACCUACCCCUCCCCUCUGAAGCACAUUCCAUUGCUAAAAGAAAAAAGAAAUAUGAAAUUGCUUCCUGUCGUAUGUAUAACUGUUUUGAUAGUUUGAAAUGUUUGUCUAUAAAGAAUAUUUCUCAACUCAAUGGUUAUGUAAAUAACUAUAUUCCUUUGUUCAAUGGGUUGUUUGUUUCUGAUGAGGCUGCCAGUUCUCUGAGAGAAUCUAUAAAAUUACUUUUAAAUAACAUAAACAAGAAUUAUUCAAAUGUAAAAGAAAGUGUGCAUAUGGACAAGGACUGGGAAUACAUAAUUAAAAUUAGUUGUGUUAGUUUAGGGUAGUGGGAUUAUGAAUUUUUUCAUUAAAAAUUUCCUUUGAUGUUACUAUAUCAAUUAUUAUUUUCUAAUAAAUAAACAUCAGAGAAGGAACUAUAGAAACAUAGAAAAGAUGUCAGAGGUAGAUAACUUCUGGCAAGAGCCCAGAGCAUGCAGGGCACAGAUAUUUGCUAGUUACAAUUAUUCCAUAGGCUUUAUAUAUGCCUGGGUGCUGAGGUUGGCACAGGCUCGGGUGUGGCACGUGCUUUCUUAGGAGACUAUUAGCUAUAUGUUAAAACUUGGAAGAUGUCACUGUUAGAACUCCAAAUACAUCCUCUGCUUUUAAACUGGCUACUCUCUGCUUUGGCAUGACAUCAAAGUUUUUGUUUUGGUUAUUUUAGAUAGCCAUUAUUUUAGAUAGGAAGGGUUACAUUUGAUUAUCUCCCUGAUAACAUCAGUUUUAGGUGUUACCUUUCCGGAUCAUCUCAGCAGAUUUUAGGUCAAAUUUUGAGGAAAGGAAGAUAAAAUCCCUAGCUCCCACACAUUUCUUGUCUGACAAGUUAUUCAAAUAAGACCCUUCCUUUAAUGAUUGGUAGGUAAGGCCCACUAAUUCAAUAAAAGUCAUGACUUUAGAAGUUGGCUAUGAAAAUAUUAAGAUAUGGCUGAUGAUAGGUUGUAUGCAAUAGUUGUCAUGCUUAAAAAGAAAUGGGACUACCGAAAGAGAGGAAUUUCCUUUUAACUCAUCAGAGAAAUUUUAUUUGAGAAUUUUUGUAAAGCGGCAAUGGUUUCAUUUCACAAGGAGCAAGCUGUGUAUCCAGAGAAACCACAGACUUUACAUUGGCUACUCUUAAUAUAAAAGUUACUUUGGUUACACUUAAACCUGACAUCUUAAAUUUAAUCUCAUGUUCUUUUUCUUCAUUAACUACAGUUAAUAUUCAGUCAAACAAAGGCAUGGGAAGUGAUAUAAUCUUCUCCCUGUCUCUGAGCCAGAGGACGGAAAUUCAGCAUUUGUAAAUUGACAGUUUAAUAGAUCUGGGAUUUUGAGCGAACGUAACAUAGAAUUCUGAACAUAUAUUUGCAUGUGGAUUGGGAAGGAAUAAGCGGGACCUUGGAAACAGUGAACAUAUUUUUCCUCAGAAAGAAAUUUUACAUUUUUUUCCAGUAUUGUUUUUCUGUUGGUUAGAUUUCUUUUUCCACUUCUUUUUUGAUCCCACACACAUUUAAGUAACCAAAUGAAUAUAUCCCAACUCCUCAUGCAUUGGGAAUGUCUGUUUAAUAUUGAACAUUAUCUACUUGAGUCUGAAAAUACGGGAACUGAGAUAGAACCUCUGUGUGCAAGUAUACUAUAAUACAUGUAACAUUUAGUGCCACAUUAUAUAGUCUAAAGAUGAACUUAUACAAGCUAGUUAGUGCCAUCGGAAUCUCUUUUGGAAACUGCCAUUAGGUAAAAAGCUAUCUAGAAUAGCUGUAAGGCACUUACCAUGCUCACCUGAUUUAGUACCCAAGAGGAAAUCAACCACAAUUAGAGAAUCAGUCAGAUGCUGUAGAAGGAACAUUAACCUAGGAGUAAGCAAACCUGACAGGAUUCAGGCACUAUCACUAACAUUCUGUGUGAAUUUGAGGAAAUCAACUAAUCCUUUCCUAGUUGUUUCCUCAUGUGUAAACAUAUGAAACUAGAUGAUCUCCAAGGUCUUUCCAAAAUUUCUGAAAUUAUAAUACUAUAGGUUAUUUUGCAUAUUUUACCUGUUAAAAUGAUAAAAAAAUACCACGUGGUUUAGUCUGAACCUUUUAUAAUACAGUCUCUUAUGCUAUAAAAAUGAUGAAUUACAAAACUCAAGUAAAUGAUGUUAACAAUAUUUAAGAGUAUUGAUGAAACUUGUGGCAGCCUUCCACUUCCUUCUAUUAUUUCAUUUUAAUGUUUCUUUUCUGUUAAGUAUUCCCAGUUUUGAUUUUCCAUACACUAUUUGUAAAGUCUGCUUUUCAUUAAAUUGUGGCCAGUAUUUGCUACUAGGACAGAAAUAUACUGUCAUACUUGCUAGAAUAGAACUAUACCUAGGCCUCUCCUUUCCUAUGAAAUAGUGCUGGACUUAAUAUAAUUUAUUUGUUAAAUGGCACAAGAUAGCAGAACUCAUGUAUUUUAUUGACUGGGAUCACUAAGAAUGGGUCUAAAUGUUUGUAGGUUGCUAAGAUAAAGUAAUUUCAUUCUAUUAGCACUAAGGAGUAUUGACAAAUAUACUUGUUGGGAACCACUGAUAGCAUUCUAAUAACAUCACGCAUAGUGAUUGACCAAUUGUAUGAGUAAAGUGCUGGAAAGAGGGAAAACUAUAUGUUCCUGGAUGGUCCCAUUAUGCUGUGUACAGCAAGUGUGCCAAUCAGCACUAAGUGUGAGAAUCAAAUUCAGUGUGUGCUUGUGUGUGGUGUUAAGGACCCGUGUAUGCUAUAUACAAUAGUAAUGAGAAGAAAUUCCACAGAAUCCUAUAAUUUCUAGUGGACUGAGUUUUAAAUCUCAGUACAUCACCCAGAAGGAGCCAGAGCAUAGGCUACUGAUGUAUACUGAGAUUAUACUAAUAAUAACCAGACAAAACAAGUUGAGGAGGACGUACAUUUUUGUUGUUUUUUUAAAGAAUUGUAUCUCAUUUAGCUGUGCAUUACUUUUGUUAAAAUGUGUUAUCUGUAAACAUGUGUAGUGAAAUUCUUCUGUAACUUUGGAUUAAAAGUAUUUAUGGUCUUUUUGUUUGUUUGAUUUUUUAAGUAAGUUAUUUCUUUUGUAGAACUGCUGAUGGUACAGUUCCAUCCUUCUGACCUCAGCAUUUGACCUUCAGAGUUUUUAUUUCCAUUAUUGUUUAAAUUGUGGUUGAAGCAAUAGAAAAUUGAAAUACGGAUUGUGCAUGACUGUGUCUUGAGUGUAAAAAUAUUGCAGUUUGAAACUUGGACCUAAAGUAUUGCAAAUAAAAAUGACAAACAUC